UAGCAUGCUCCCCAUUUUCACCAUGAUGCAAAACUCCAGCAGCCCUUGGACAGGACUACCCAGUAGAAUCAGGACCAAACUGCCACAUUUUUUUUGAUGGAGGACCAAACUGCCACUUCCAACCUCUGGGCAAAAGCUUCACUCAAUUGGAAAUCCUCAGAACUUGAGGACACUCUCCGCGAAACCACCACCAUUUCCUCCUAUAAAAUCCCCCCAAGACCCCAUCUCUCGAACAGUGUGUUCACAGGAACAACAAUUCGGUCCAGAAAUAGUAGUCCCUAACAGCACCCUGUCCCUGGCCCCCUCCCGUUUGAAUCACCCUCCCCUCGGCCGCUUCCCCAUUUCGCUGUCGUCCACUGCCAGUGCCAGCCAGGUGAGAAGGCCAUGAGUAGCUCGCGCUCUCGGGCGGCUGUGGUGGCCGAGGGUAAUGCCAAGACGGCAGCGAGGGAGUGGGUCGGGUGGGAGGAGGAGGUCGUGCUGGGGGACGACGACGGUGAGGAGCGCAAGGUGUGCUACUACCUCCUCUGCGCGGCUCCCCAGGACAGCGGUAAGAGCCAGAGGGAUCUGGCGUUGGUGGGUAAGUACUGGGGACCUGGGAACAUAGCCUACUCGGCGGACGUGCAGUUUCUGCUGUCCCUCGACACGGCGCUGGAGUCUGGGUCGGCAUCCGCUACGGUGGAGGCGCUGGCGUCGGAGAUCACCGAGCUCAGGUGGAAGUCCAGGAGGGAGAUCAUGGACUGGCUCACCUCGCUCGUCUCAGAUCCUCCGUAUGGAGCCUUUGGAUUGACUUGUCCCGACCAUCAUGAUGGUGGUAGCGCUGCAUCUAAGGGUAUCCUCGCUGCUUUUGGGGAAAACAAAGAAGGGUUCACAUGGAUAUGCAAACUACCCCAUCUUGAUCAACGUCGGAAGCAUUACAAAUCCUUUUGGCGAGGGAGACUGAGAAUUUCGGUUUAUGAUUUUGUGUUCAUCAAGAGUGAAGGGAGAGAGAGCCAUGUUGCCUAUGUGGAAGACAUGUACGAAGAUGCCAGCGAGAAGAAGAUGGUGGUGGCACGAUGGUUCGAGGAACAAGACGGUGAGCACGGUGCUGUAUUGCCCGCCGAUCUUUAUUGCAGGGAGAUCUUCUUUGGCUAUGUACUGCAAGAUCUGAGGGUUGAAGUUGUGGAGGCAGUGGCCCCGGUCCUGAAUCCAGAGCACUUUGAGAUGUUCAAGAAAAAAUAUGGAGGGCGCAGUAGCUGGCAGCCCUUUGUAUGCCGUCGGCAGAUCGAGAAUGACACAGUCGGGCCCUUUGACAUUGCGCAGCAGCUGCAAGGAUAUGCAAACCAGGAGAUUGUAAAGGCAAUUGUUGCCUCAUCCUCGUCGACGGUGGUGCAGGUCAAGCCACCUAAUAGCAACAAAGGUAAAGCUGCCACUACUCGCCUGGCCGCCGAGAACCAUGCUGGUUCUUCUAGUGCUGCCAUUAUCGGUAACAAAACCAUGGAGAAACAGAAGGCCCCUCCAUCUCCAUGUAGUGCAACUCCUUCAAGCUCUGUUGUUGGUGACAAGGCCAUGGAGAAGCAGAAGCCCCCUCCAUGCAGUGCAACUGCUUCCAGCUUUGUUUUCGUUGACAAAACCAUGGAGAAGCAGAAGCAGAAGCAGAAGCCCCCUUCAUGCAGCGCAACUCCUUCCAGCUCUGUUAUUGGUGAAAAAACCAUGGAGAAGCAGAAGCCACCUCCAUGCAGUGCAACUCCUUCAUGCACUGUUAUCGGUGACAAAACCAUGGAUAAGAAGAAGAAGCAGAAGCCACCUCCAUGCAGUGCAACUCCUUCAUGCACUGUUAUCGGUGACAAAACCAUGGAGAAGAAGAAGAAGCAGAAGCCACCUCCAUGCAGUGCAACUCCUUCAAGCACUGUUAUCGGUGACAAAACCAUGGAGAAGAAGAAGAAGCAGAAGGCCCCUCCAUGCAGCGCAACUCCUUCAAGCGCUGUUAUUGGUGAGAAAACAAUGGAGAAGAAGAAGAAGCGGAAGGCCCCUCCAUGCAGCGCAACUCUUUCAAGCGCUGUUAUUGGUGAGAAAACCAUGGAAAAGCAGAAGCCCCCUCCAUGCAGCGCAACUGCUUCCAGCACUACUGUUAUCGGUGACAAAACCAUGGAGAAGCAGAAGCCCCCUGCAUGCCGCGCAACUCCUUCCAGUUCCAGCGCUGUUAUGGGCGACAAAGCCAUGGAGAAGCAGAAGCAGAAGGAGAUGCCCCCUCCAUGCAGCGCAACACAACACAGUGUCACCAAUGGCCAGACCGUCGAAAGCAGUGUCGUUCCCCGCAGCGUGGUGAACUGUCAGACCACCGCGCAGAAUCAGCCGCCCCCGAGUGAUACUGGUAACGCAGCAGCCAGUGAUGCGUCAACCAUGGUGAACCCUGCUGAGAAGAUGCUCCAGCCCGGCAGCCGUCUUGAAGCCCUGAGCCAAGACAGCAGCGUGAGGGGCUGUUGGUUCAAAUGCGUGGUAGUCAAGAGGAACGAGCAAAAUAACACGAUCUGGGUGCGGUACCAAGACCUUCGAAAACCCGAGGGCAAAGGGCAGCUCAAGGAAUGGCUCAAAGUUGCAAGAACUGCGGAGCCUGACCGCCUGGGCAUACGCCUAGCCAAAAGGGCCAUGCUCCGCCCACAGCUCCCAUCACACUACAGGAAGAUCGAGUCUCCGGUGGAUGUCGGGGUCAUCGUCGACGCGCAGCUGAACGGCGGAUGGUGGGAGGGGAUCGUGCUGCAGCAGGAGACUGCUGGCCACGUCAAAGUUUAUCUCCAAGGGGAGGGGAGACUCGUGGAGUUCAAAGUGGACUCUCUGCGGAAGUCGUUUGAGUGGCGUGAGGAGCAGUGGAUGCCUCUGGAUGCAAGAACAGAUGUUGCAGCCAAGAUAACCCUUGACCUGAAGAAGAAGAAGAAGGCGGCCGCGGCCGCGCCAAGCCCAGCAGGACUGCUGCUGCAACCUCAGGAGGACGGAUCUGCAAGCUCUGUUCCUCCACGGAAGAGGAUCCUGGAACUGGAUCACUCUUUCGAGGAAGAAAGGCUGCAGGAUGGAAAGGGCAAGGGUCCUGCUGAUGAACCUGCCAAGACAGUUCCAGACAAGGGGGGUGCUGGAGAUGGCAUGUCCCGUGGCGGCGGCUCAGCUGGUGCCAAGCGCUGCCGGGUUGAUCCUGCAAACUCUGACGGCCUCAACUGCGCUGAAUGCAAGGGCAAGGCUGGGAAAUCUUCUGGCGUCAAGAAAAUGGGGUCUUCGGAGGGCAGCGGCAGCCAGGGAGGCGCCAGUGGCUCUGCCUCCAGUGGAGGCGCUGCGCCGGUGAAGCCAGCAGUGCCCAUGCAGGAGAUAUGCGUCACCAACGCAGAGGCUCCUGUCGUCGCCAUGGACGAAUCGGAGGUGAUCGAUCUCACCAUGUAUGACUGAAGCUGGUAGCAGGAUGUGAUGAAGUCUCUCUGGCCUCAACUUUCCAUUCAUGAACCGCUGUUUAAUUUCUCAAACAUUUCGUGCAUUCGCUUAUCGCGUUUGUGCGUGCU